AUGCUUCGUCAAUUGUUUAUAAUAUUACUGUACACAACGAUUGCCAGGUGUACCUCCGAUGAAUACAAUUUAAAACGCCACGCAAUUCUGGAAGCGGAGAAGAUACACGCGACGGGUGGAAAUGCCUUUCUGACGGCGAAAGAAACACUGGCGAAUGAAAUGUUGAUCGGUUUGAAGAAUCAAUCGGUGCACGAUGCAACCUACAGCCCGGACACGUACGCUCCUGGGAUGCAUUUUUUCCGCGCCAAGCCAUUCAUCGAGGCUAGCGAAGUGUUCAGAAUUCUAAAAGCAAUGCCCAAAGGGUCGAUACUGCAUCUGCACAAUAUUGCGGCCGUCAGUUCGGAGUGGAUUGUUAAAAAUUUGACCUACCAUCCGGAGGCAUACAUCUGUCAAACCAGCAAAGGGGAUUAUUUCUUCACCACCAGAACUUCCAAACUUUGCGCCGAAGAUGCUCAUCACAGCAUCCAAAAACUGAGAGUGGAAAACGGAACGGCGGAACUGUUCGACCUGUGGUUGGAAUCAAUGAUCAACCUUAGGCUGCGUGGACCACAACUGAUGCACACGGAUCUGAACCAUAUCUGGGACGAAUUCGAGCGUAUGUUCACCGUGAUGAAGGAUCUAAUUUCGUACAAACCGUUUUUCGAAGCAUUCCACACCCGGCUGCUGGAAGAAUUCUACGAAGAUGGGGUGUUCUACAUUGAGCUUCGAAUGUCACUAUCGAAGCUGUACGAUGCUGGUAAUCGUGUGUACGACGAAAUGGAGGUUGCGAAAAUCGUACAACAUCUGGUGAACUCUUUCCGUGAAGCGAAUCCGGAUUUUAUUGGAGUAAAGAUCAUAUUUUCGAAGCAUCGUGGAAUCGAUACUGGAACAGCACAGGAUCUUUUGAAAUCGUUCGUUAAAUUGAACGCCGAAAUGCCGAAUCUGGUGAUUGGAUUUGAUCUGGUGGGACAGGAGGACGUGAAUCAACCUUUAACCAGUUUCUUGGAUGAAUUACGCAAAUUCGAAAAAACUACCCCGUAUUUCUUUCACGCGGGAGAAACCAAUGGCUAUGGAAGUGCCGCUGAUCUUAACCUGAUUGAUGCGGUGCUGCUGAACAGUCGUCGUAUCGGGCAUGGCUAUUCGCUGUACAAACAUCCGGUACUAUGGAAGGCAGUUAAAAGUAAGGGCAUUGCUCUCGAAGUGUGUCCACUUUCGAAUCAAGUAUUACGACUGGUAACCGAUCUGCGCAACCAUCCGGCAGUGUUCUAUGUAUCGGAGAGCAUUCCCAUCGUCGUUUCAUGCGAUGAUCCAGGAUUUUGGGACAGUAAGGGUGUAAGCUUCGAUUACUACUACGCUUUUAUGGCGAUCGCUCCCAGUUCCGCAGGUAUAGGAUUUCUCAAACAAAUUGUGUGGGAUUCAGUGAGGUAUAGCAGCCUAACAGUGAACGAGCGGCAACAAUUUUCCGAAAUACUGCAAACUAGAUGGGAUCAAUUCGUGGAGGAUCUAACAGCCGGCAAAUUCUCCGUCACCAACUGUUUGUCGGUUUAAGCACACUGAUUUAUCCAAUUGAUCGUUUUUGCUGAAUGAAGUUCUGGCAACAUAUCACAAUUUGAGUGUAGCACCUUCUGAA